UGUCCCCUUCCACCUAGAGAGGGGAUGAAAAUGUGAAGAUUUUACAGGUCGGGGAACCGAAGACAGGAGGGAGGGGGGAAGACACCCCCUCCCCCAAACCUUUCUCAGAGAUUAGCCUGGAAAGCUCCUAGCGGGAGGGGAGCAUAGACGGAGUGAGGCGCUUAGCUGCGUCUCUGGCUCUUCGCUCCCCCACCUCGCGGCGUCUCUAGCAAACGUCCUGCCUCUAACUACCGCGAAAAAGGGAGGAGGGUCAUGUCCAACCCAGAGAAGCCGCUUUUAUCCCGCCCCCAGGCCCCCUUGUCUGCAGAUUGGAAAAAGCUCAGCUCCGGCCACUACCGACUGCACUCGGAUCUCGGCGGCAGCGGCCAGGGUGGGGACAGCUAUAGCGCUCAGAAGGCUGGGAACGCCCGCGGUUUCCCCUUGCUCCUGGCUCGCGCAGCCCGGGGCACAGACGGUCCGGGCCCGGGCGCCGUUUGCUUCUCUUCCUGCAGCGCUCGCGGUCUCGGCCGCGGCAACGGCAGCAACGGCAAAAGCAGCGGGGUCGUACCCCGAGUUCCUUUCUCUGUUCCUUCUUCCUCCUCCCCUUUUCUUUCCUCUUCUCCAUCUUCCUUUUACUUCUUGCCGCCCCCGCCUCCCCCUCCUCCUCCUCCUCUUCUCCCUUCCUCCUCUUGCUUUCACCUCCCAGUGGGUUUCCAAGGAAGGGAAGCAGCAGCAGCAGCAAGAGCAGCAAGAGGAGGAGGACGUGGUGGAGGAGGAGGAGAUGUUGGAGGAGGAGGAGGAAGAGGAGAAGAAACAGCUCCCUUGAUCGUCCAUCCGAGCAGUAGUAGUAGCAGCAGCAGCGGCAUCAGCAGCGGCAGUGGCAGCAGCGGCGGCAGCAGCAGAAGGCGGCGGCUGUUUUUCUCUCCUCCUUCACUUCAAGGUUUGCUGCUCCCAGCCUCCGUUGGUCCCCGGCUGCAGCCGCAGCAGCCGCCGCAGCCUCGACUUCUCCUUUCCCCAGCAGUCUGCAGCCUGUGGUCCUACAAUUUCCUAGGAACCGCAGGCGCAGCCCGCGCCGGUGGUGGGGUCGGAGGCGGCGGCCCGGCUUACACUAGCAGCAGCAGCAGCAGCAGCCUCGGCAGCCUCAGCAGCAGCAGCAGCAGCAACCGCAAAAUUCAACAGCAUCAGCAUCAGCCUAAAGGCUCCUUUUUCUCCUUCGCUGCCUCCUCCCCCUUGUCACUAGGGUCAGACAUGGAAGAUGAACCUUCUAAUAGUACAGGCUGCUUUAGAAGGUUUACAGAGUGUUUCUUGAACACGAGUCUGACAGAUGAAAAAGUGAAGGCCUAUCUUUCUCUUCAUCCCCAGGUACUUGAUGAAUUUGUUUCUGAAAGUGUAAGUGCUGAGACAGUUGAAAAAUGGCUGAAGAGAAAAAACAACAAACAGGAAGAUGAAGGAAUUUCUAAUGAAAUCACCCGGAUGAGGAAGCUGAGGCCCGGACAUCCAAUGCUAAACUUAAGAUCAGAAAAUUCUUCCUGGUCUCUAAUAAAUUGUGCUACAGCCCAUUUCCUGUUCAGUGGAGAUGGAAAACAGCUGGUUAUUAAUCUCAGUACAGGUAGGAAAUUGUUUCAGAAUCUAGGCCUGCAGAUGUGGGGAAGUUGGCUGCAGCUGGUUAAGAAAAAGAUGAAGGAGCAUCAGCUGCAGUACCGGGAUACAAAUAUGCAAGGCGUUGUAUACGAACUAAACAGCUAUAUAGAACAACGGUUGGAUACGGGAGGAGACAACCAGAUACUGCUCUAUGAAUUGAGUAGACUCAUCAAAAUAGCCACAAAAGCAGAUGGAUUUGCACUCUAUUUCCUGGGAGACUGCAAUAAUAGUCUAUGUAUGUUCACACCACCUGGAGUAAAGGAAGGAAAACCACGACUCAUCCCAGCUGGGCCAAUUACCCAUGGUACAACAAUAUCUGCUUAUGUAGCCAAAUCAAGGAAAACAAUGCUAGUAGAAGAUAUCCUUGGGGAUGAACGAUUUCCCAAAGGUAUUGGACUGGAAUUAGGAACACGCGUCCAGUCUGUUCUCUGUUUACCAAUUGUCACUGCAAUAGGUGACCUCAUUGGUAUCCUUGAAUUAUAUCGGAAUUGGGGCAAAGAAGCUUUCCACAUCUGUCACCAAGAGGUUGCAACAGCAAACCUUGCUUGGGCCUCAGUGGCAAUACAUCAAGUACAAGUAUGCAGAGGCCUUGCCAAACAGACUGAAUUGAAUGAUUUCCUACUUGAUGUAUCAAAAACCUAUUUUGAUAACAUAGUCGCAAUAGAUUCUCUACUUGAACACAUAAUGAUAUAUGCAAAAAAUUUGGUGAAUGCAGAUCGUUGUGCACUUUUCCAGGUAGACCAUAAGAACAAAGAACUAUAUUCAGACCUUUUUGAUAUUGGGGAGGAAAAUGAAGGGAAGCCUGUCUUUAAGAAGACCAAAGAAAUAAGAUUUUCUAUUGAUAAAGGAAUAGCUGGUCAGGUGGCUAGAACAGGGGAGGUCCUUAAUAUCCCAGACGCUUAUGCAGAUCCACGCUUUAACAGGGAAGUAGACCUAUAUACAGGUUAUACCACUCGAAAUAUAUUGUGUAUGCCUAUUGUGAGUCGAGGGAGCGUAAUUGGUGUUGUGCAGAUGGUAAACAAAAUAAGUGGAAGUGCCUUCUCCAAAACAGAUGAAAACAACUUUAAAAUGUUUGCAGUCUUUUGUGCUUUAGCCUUACACUGUGCUAAUAUGUAUCAUAGAAUUCGCCAUUCAGAAUGCAUUUACCGAGUAACCAUGGAAAAGCUUUCCUAUCAUAGCAUAUGUACUUCAGAAGAAUGGCAAAAUCUCAUGCAGUACACUGUCCCAGCAAACCUUCACAAAGAAAUUGAAUUAUACCAUUUUGAUAUCAGUCCUUUUGAGGAAAUGUGGCCUGCCAUUUUUGUCUAUAUGGUACAUCAGACCUGUGGGACAGCCUGCUUUGACUCUGAAAAGCUAUGUCGUUUUAUUAUGUCUGUUAAGAAAAACUAUCGACGAGUUCCUUACCACAACUGGAAACACGCAGUUACUGUGGCACACUGCAUGUAUGCCAUACUUCAGAAUAAUCAAGGGCUUUUUACAGAUCUGGAGCGAAAAGGACUUCUGAUCGCCUGCUUGUGCCAUGACUUGGAUCACAGAGGAUUCAGUAAUAGCUACCUUCAGAAGUUUGAUCACCCUCUGGCAGCUCUGUACUCUACCUCCACCAUGGAGCAGCACCACUUUUCCCAGACAGUAUCCCUCCUGCAGCUGGAAGGGCACAAUAUCUUCUCCUCUCUGAGCUCCAGUGAAUAUGAGCAGGUGCUGGAGAUCAUCCGAAAAGCCAUCAUCGCCACAGACCUUGCUCUGUACUUUGGAAACAGAAAGCAGUUGGAGGAGAUGUACCAGACAGGAUCGCUAAACCUUAAUAAUCAAGCGCAUAGAGACCGGGUAAUUGGUCUAAUGAUGACUGCUUGUGACCUUUGUUCUGUAACAAAGCUAUGGCCAGUUACAAGAUUGACAGCUAAUGACAUAUAUGCAGAGUUCUGGGCUGAGGGUGAUGAAAUGAAGAAAUUUGGAAUCCAGCCUAUCCCUAUGAUGGACAGAGACAAAAAGGAUGAAGUCCCUCAAGGCCAACUUGGCUUCUAUAAUGCUGUAGCAAUUCCCUGCUAUACCACCCUUAUGCAGAUCUUCCCCCCUACUGGACCCUUACUCCGGGCAUGCAGGGAUAAUCUUGGCCAAUGGGAGAAAAUAAUUAGAGGAGAGGAAAGUCUUUUAUGGCUUCCAAACCAGACAGGAAAUCAAGAGACCUCUUGCUGCUCAAUGUCUUUGAAGAUUGAUCAGCAAUGAUCAUUAGUAUUUGCCUGAAGGCUCAUCCUCAUCCUUCUUUUUUAUAUUGUUUUAUCUUAUGGAGGGAGCAUGAAAAAGAGAAAAGAGAGCCACACCUGCUAAUUGGGACACAAACCUUUUCAAGGAAGGUAACAUCAAGGAGACACUUCAACUGGAUGACUACCUGCCAGUCUCAUCUGUGAUGUACUGUGAAGAAUGAGAAAACUAGGACUGCUCAUAUUUUGGGAUCAGCUGUCCAAGGGAACUCUAUGUGACUUGCAAAGUGGCCUUUUUUCAUAGGCUUUUGCUGAAGCCUUAAUUUAAAACUAAAAAACAAAAAACAAAAAAAAAAUACCAUGAGGGUACUUUUUAAGUUGUAGCUUUCUAGAGAAGGUUUAAAAUGGUACUUUUAUUGUAUUGUUCUUGACAGGCUUUCACAACAAUGUUUUGGAAGUUCUUGGUUAUAAAUAGGAAUUUUUACACAUUACUAUGGUGAAUGUUUAUGUGUGAUCUAGUUAUAAUCAGUUUGACCUCUAGCCAAAAACCUCAGCAUCACAACUAUCAUUUCGGCUUCAGUAUGUGGAGUUUCUUUCUAUAGUCAGGAGUGGGAGAAAAACCAGUUUCAUAGUUUAGAACUCUGAAACCCAUUUUGAUCAAUCAUUCCAACUGAUCUGUUUUAUGUUAGGAGUUGCAAGUUAGGAGCUCUCCACUAAAAAAGAAAGAAGACAAUUAAUCCUGUAUGAGAUUUUGUUUUUUCUAAAUACCAAAACUUAGAUAAAUCCUUGAACCCUUGAACAAAGGGCCUUUUCCUUCAUAGCAAACCUAGUAAAAAAAAUUGUUUUUCCUCUUUUUAAAAUGGCAUUAAAGAAUCAGUGCAUCUGACCUUUUCAUUUGAAGAUUCAAAUUUAGUGAAUGCAGCUGUAUUGAGAAAAAGAAGAAAAGGGGUAUAUAAUUUCUUAACCAACUAGCCUUGUUGAUGACAAAUGUAUUCUCUUUUCUAAUGAGAGAAGCUUUUUUUUUUUUUUUUAACGUAUUUCACAAAUGUCCAUUUUCAGAAAUUUUUCCCAACUAAAUGCUCAUCCAAAUGAUCUCCAAGUGUCAUACUUUAGGUCUACUGAUUAGCAGAACUUUUGAUCUAUAGCUUUCUUUGACCAUUAGGCAACUGUCCUGUGAGACAAAUAGCCAGUGUAUUUUUAUCACUAUGUACUCAUUCACUGGGAGCAACAAAGGAGAUCCAUAAACACCUGUUUCUUUGGUUUGGUAAUCAAAUAUCAAGUGGAAAGACCCAUUGGUUUUGGUGGCACAUUGUUAUACAGGCUUUUGGCAAAUUAAAAAUUCACUGUUCAUGGUGCCUACUGAAGGGGAAAAAAUUCCCAAAACUUUCUGGACCAGAUUUUGUAAGAUUUUUAAAUCAUUUACUUAGUGGGUUUUAGCCAGAGUGACCAUGUUGAGGGAAACUGAGUCUUUAAAGAUGCUUUAAACAAUGCAUUUAGUACACUAAGUGCUGAUUCUGCUUCCAGACCUGAUAGAUUUGCUUAGAGUACUAUUUACCUGGAAAGAAAUCAGAAUACUGAUUUUUAAUUUACUAAGUUUUAAAGUAACCGCUUUGAAAUAUGAAUUAUACUCACAUUGUUUAAUGUAGAGGAAUUUUGCAUAUUAAAAAUGAAAAAAACACCUCCUUAACUUCAUAAAAGGACUUAAGAAGAUUAUUAUGAAAGUAAUGAGAUGGAGUCCACAAGUUGCCCAUGAAAAUCAGUCUCAUUGCCUUUAUUACUGAGCCACCUCCCAUGUCUGAACCUCACCUUCCAGAUCUCCAAAAUCUGGACCAAAGGAAAAACAAAAAAACAUUGUGGAUAAAAUUGGUGUGUUGUGAAGAUGAUGAAAUCUAGAGUAUUCUUUGAGAAGAACUGUUUUUAAAAGGGGAAGAUGUUGGGGGGGAAAUGCCUUAAGUACAAAGAGUAUCAUGCACAUAUUAAAGCUUUGUAACAGCUUCCUAUAAGAAGUCUUCACUCUUUCAGUAAUAAUAUAGUGACUUUUGUCAACAGGAACCAACAUUAACAAAAAUAAUUGAUCAUAAAACUGUAUUUGAAUUAAAAGCUACUCAAGGAAGUUAUUGCUAUCUCUUAAUAUUAGAAAAACAUGGCUUUUUCUCUUGCUAAAUACUGAAAUACUGAGUCAAUACUGAAAACUGUCUGAAUCAUUUUACUUUACAUUACUAAAUCAUUUACUAAGAUGGACACACCUUAUAUUGAAACUCUCAUCAAUAAUUUAAAAAGUCUAGAUUUGGCCAUUUGUUAGCUGAUUGUUAGCAAAUACUAGGACAAAUAGAAUUUGACAGAAGAACAAGUGAUAAACUUUAGAACUUUUAAUAUUACUUUUAGGGUAUUCCAAACUAUUAGAGUCUCAUAGGCUUCUCAAAAAAAUUUCUUUAACUCAAACAUUAAUAAGUUAUUUUGGGGAAAAAAAUACAGUUGGUAUUUCUAUGCUUUGCCAGAUGUUGUCCCAGUACUUAACAAAGUAAGCUUGUUAAGCUCUGUUUCCCAUCUUUCAUUUCUUAAAGAAAGGGCAUUGCAGUGCCUGUAUCCAACCAGAUGCCUUUUAUUACCAGAAGUUUUGAUGUGCUUCUCUGUAGGGAAUUCUUUCUAUUUGGCCAAUUUCCCCCUAUGGAGUAUGAAUAGAAGAUGUAGAGUAUUGUGAAACUUAAAGAAAAUUAUAUUGAUUGUGAAUAAGUAUAAAUCAAGAAUUUUCUUGUCACAUAGUACAUAUCUGACAUUUCCAGAUGUUGUAAAUAUAUUUUAAAACAUCACCUUUAUUGGUUAAAUUAAUGUAUAUCCAUGCAAGCUUCAAAUAUUAAAAAUCAAGCAGUAAAAGGAAAUCCUAAACUGAAAGACAAAAGCAUUAGCAAAUCAUCUUUGAGAAAGAAACCAGGUUGAAUUAAAUAAAUGUUUGAUCAAAAAGAAAAUGGAGCAUUUUCUAGUAACAAUUGAUAAACUGCUUUAUUCAUUUAAAAAAAUGGCAAUUGAUUGCUAUUCCUGUACUAAACACAAUUUGACUUAACCAUUGAAAAUCUAAACCAAAUUCUCUUCAUCUCUGGUUCCGGUCCAGUUUCACCAUUAGUCUGCCACUCUAAAUGGGGAAAAAUAAAGUUUCUAUGAAUUAUUUCUAUAACCAGUGCCAGAGCUGGGGGAAAAAGAAAGUUGAAGCUAGAUUUUUAUUGAAAUACUACUCACCUUUUGUAUAUGUUUCAUUUGAAAUAAGUCCUAAUGUAAUUUUUUUUGUUUGUUUUUUUGGCCAUCUUCAAGUACAUUUAGUACGUUAAUGCAUAAUAAUACUGAUGUUUGGUGAACAUACUUUACAAACCCUACUUAAGCAAAGUUUUUUCAGCACCAAAUUUUGAGUUUUUGUAUUUUCUAAAGUUGUGUUGGAAUUAAGAGUCUAAUAAGGUCACUGUUUAUUCAAACUGCCCUGAAUCUCUUUCAUGCCCCCCCAACCCCAAAAAAUGAAACAAAACUCAAAACUCUUUAUUCAUUGUGAAUGAAUAAAAAGGUAUUUAUUAAGUGCUUACUAUAUGUCAAGCACUGUGUUUAACUAGCUGAGGAAUGCAAAUAGGGAAAAAACAAUCUGUUCUCUCUGGAACUUAUAUUUCAAUUGGAGAAAAAAACAGCACAAAAAAAUUAGUGAAAUGGGGGGACGGAAGGAGAUAGAAAAGCCUGGAAAUAAUAUGGGUAUAGCAGUGGGAGCAAUGUCAAUGUCCUGGGUUCCUUAAAACCACAUAUAUAGGUUUAAUGAUCAUUCCCAGAAUCAUGAGGGUUUAAAUAGCAAGAAAUGCAGGACUUUAGGAGGCAGUAGUGGAGUAAUAAAUGGCAUAAGACCUGUGGUCUCCCAUUUCACUGGAGGAAGAGUAGAAUAUUGAACCCUCAUCUCAGCACAUGAACUUUCACAGCCCAGCCAAAGAGGGAAGGGAAUGCCUGAGCUUUGUUAAAGGGAUAAAAAUGAUUAUUUCAUGAAUAGGGUGUUUUUCUUAACUUCAAACAUUCCUUUGUAUCACUUUUGAUUGUAAACAGUGUUCUCUGGAAGCUAUUCAAUCUGAGUACACAGGAAUUUCCAAGAACUGUGAUUUUUAAUUAAGAUGUGAUCUUGUUGGGUUUCAGGUACGCACAUAAGCUUUAAGUUUUGAAAAUCUUGUAUUUCAAAUGUAAACAUUUUCACUUUUGUUUGCUGACUACUUUAAUGCCUUUUCUUUAUUCACAGGCUAAAAUGUUAUAUGUAUUGCAAGUUAAUAGUCUGAUCCUAACAUCAUUGUAAGAUGCUGAUUAGCUGGAAUGGACUGUCACUUGUGAUUUCCAGAAGUUUGGCCAUAGUAAAAGGUUAUGUUAUGUUUACAUUCUCAUAAAUACUGCUGGUAUUUACAAAGUGCUUUUCCAAUGACAUCUUUAACACAUUAGUUUGAGAGUAGUAGUGUUGCUAAACAAUGCAGGGCAGUCUUGAUGAAAGUUUUUGCACUAUCAUAAAAAAAAGUUUUGAAAAGAUUUUUUAAAUGAAUUUUUAUGAUUCAAAAUUAUUUCAAGGAAAUAAACCUUUAGGUGGAACAAAAAGACACUGGCUUUCCCACAAAACUUGUUUGAAGAUUCCCACAUGGCAUUAUGUUUGUUCUACUCUUUUCUUUACUAAAUCCACAAUGGCAAAGAAAACAUGGGGAUGUAUAUUUAAUUUGAGUUCUUUUUUCCCCACAAGUGGUAGAAAACUGGCAUCUAUGAGCACAUACACUGAAGCAUGGUUUUAGCUGGUACACUAUAAAGUCUUUGCUGAAACUUAGCUGAAAGGGAAACACGAAAGCCAAGUUUGAAGAGGUGACUAAAGAGAAGAUAUUAAAUGUCACUUUUCAGCUGAUAUAAUUAAGUUACAUAUUUACAGAAGCCUAAUUGAAGGGUUUUUGUUCCUGUUGUAAGCUAAGAUGUUAAAAUCUGUUAUUUGCACACUCUAGUAAGCUAAUUCUAAAACAUCAUGUUAAUUAUAUCAUGGCAUAUGGUACUGUAACAUUUAUUUCUUCCUGCGGCACCAUGAAACUAAGUGCUAUGAAAUGUCUAAAUAUCUUAAACACAUAAGUCACCAGACAUUUGAAGCUUCUUUUCCUCUAUGUAUGUGGACUUUUAUAUAUGUGAACUCCUUACUAAGAGUAAAUGAAAAUAUUCUAAAAUUUGUUCUAUAGAAGCCAUUUCUAUACCUCACUUGCUUACCAGACCCAUCCACUGGAAAUAAUGUCUUUGCCUAAAACACUGUGAUGUAAUUACCAUGAUGUGUAGAGAUAGAGUGCAUUGUUCUGUCUGGAUAAGGAAAAUUUCUAUCCUGUUCAAAUGAAUACUCAUAGCCAGAAUUAAGAGUCUGUAUCCCAACCUAGCAAAAGUAGAUCACAACUUGCUGGUGGUGGUCUGUAUGCUGACCAAAAACUGUGCAUGGAUGUCAGAAUGGGUAUAUGAGCCAUCAAAAUAGAGAAAUGAAUAGAAGACUGGUGUGGUAGAUCACUCCGAUGGGCUAAUCUUGUCAAGGAGAAAGAACUUUAAAAUAAUGUUCAGUUUUAUUACAGUUAAUAACUUAAUGAGCUAAAAAUGAUUUUCUAUGUAUGACACUAAGAAAUCUUUGUACAAAAUAUGCAUAGUGCAAUAAUUUAAAAAGGUCUUAACUUUGCAUUUAUAAAUUAUAAAUAUUGUACAUGGUGUGUAAUUUUUCAUGUAUUCAUUUGCAGUCUUUGUAUUUAAAAGAAUCCUUUACUGUUAAUGUUUGUAUAAUAGAACAAUAUUCAUUUAUUAUGAACUAGGAAAGUUGUAAAUAAAUUCAUAAACCAAACUGCCACUAUA